CUUGGGAUCAAUGUCCUGUUGCAUGACCCAAUUGCGGCCAAGCUUUAGCUGUUGGACAGAUGGCCUCACAUUUACCUCUAGAAUACUUUGGUAUACAGAGGAGUUCAUGGUUGACUCAAUGACUGCAAGGUGCCCAGGCCCUGUGGCUGAAAAACAAGCCCAAAUCAUCACCUCUCCACCACCGUGCUUGAUGAGUGGGCGGGAUGAUUGGGACCAUCUGUGAAUGGUUCUGGUGGGACCGCCUCUGGCUGCCUGUCAACCUGACAUGGGCAGAUCUAGAAGACAAAGAUGGCCGGGUCUACGCCAAAGUGUCUCACUUAUACAUAACCUUGCCUUACUCACUAGGUUUCCUCAUAGUGCGCUACAUCUUUGAAAGGUUUGUAGCCACGCCAUUCGCAGCAGCCCUUGGGGUGAGAGAGAAGAACAGACGGAAAGUCCAGUACAACUCUAUUCUGGAACAUUAUUUCACAUCCCAUUCCAAAGCCCCAGGACAGGCAGAUAUUCAAGGCCUGUCAAAAAAAUGCAGUAUCUCCUGUAGACAGGUAGAACGCUGGUUCAGGAGGAGACGCAACCAGGAGCGUCCAGGGGUCCUGAAAAAGUUCAGAGAGGCUAGCUGGAGAUUUGUAUUUUACCUCGGAGCCUUUACUGGUGGCAUUGUAGCCCUGUAUGAUAAACCCUGGUUUUACAAUUUACGAGAAGUAUGGAAUGCUUAUCCAAAACAGUCCAUGUUGGAGUCUCAGUACUGGUACUACAUCCUGGAGAUGAGCUUCUACUGGUCUCUUCUUUUCAGCAUCACAUUCGAUGUGAAACGAAAAGACUUCAAGGAGCAGAUAAUUCACCACUUAGCCACACUGACUCUGCUGGCGUUUUCCUGGUGUGGAAACUAUAUUCGAGUAGGAACGUUGGUCAUGCUUGUGCAUGAUGCAUCUGAUGUGUUUUUAGAGUCUGCCAAGAUUUUUAACUAUGCCAAAUGGGAGAAAACCUGCAAUAGCAUUUUUGUUCUCUUUGCUGCUGUGUUCAUGGUGACGAGACUCGUUAUCUUUCCAUUUUGGAUCAUCCACUGUACAUGGGUCUACCCACCUGACUAUUACCCUGUUUUCUUCGGGUAUUACUUCUUGAAUGCUAUGCUUGUUAUCCUAUUGAUGCUGCACGUAUUCUGGGCCUACCUGAUCCUCCGCAUGGUUAAGAAAUUUCUCUUUGGAAGUUUAACUAAAGACGAGAGGAGUGACAAUGAAGAAGAGGAAGAUGAUGAAGGGGAGAAUAGCAUGCCCGAGGACACUGGUGGACAUCCAAAAGUCACCAACGGCUGUGGAGCCAACCAUCACUAACCAACUGGACACUUCUGCAGUUUCUCUUUGUUGCUGAUGACUGAAGGAACCUCAUGAAGAUUUUUUUAAUUUUUUUUAUUUUUUGAAAGAAGACCUAGACUCCAGUGGUGUUCGGCCUCAACUGGCUUCAGACUAUGCGAGACACUUUUGAUUUAUUUCCACCAUGAAAGUGCCAGAGACCUGACCAGAAACACACUUGUAUCUGUCAACAAUACAAAACCAAACAAGUGCUUAUUUCCUUUUCCCGAGUGCCAAUAGAGACUGAUUGCCUUGGCUCCUCCAUUGUGGCCAUGCUCUCUACAUGAACCACAAAGCAAGAAGAAAAAGAUCCCAAAAGGAACAUUUUUUCCAUUGUGCCUAAUCUGAACCUUAUUCUUCAUUUGAACACAAUGCUACAGAGUUACCUGGAUACUGUUGAGGCUCCUCUGCUAUUUCUCAUCAGUAUGGUGAAACACUAUUGGUUGAAGUCCAUCCAUCCAUUAUCUGUAGCCGCUUAUCCUGUUCUACAGGGUCACAGGCAAGCUGGAGCCUAUCCCAGCUAACUAUGGGUGAGAGACGGGGUACACCCUGGACAAGUUGCCAGAUUAUCACAGGGCUGACAUAGAGACAAACAACCGUUCACACUCACAUUCACACCUACGGUCAGUUUAGAGCCACCAAUUAACCUAACCUGCAUGUCUUUGGACUGUGGUGGAAACCGAAGCACCCAGAGGAAACCCAUGCAGACAUGGGGAGAACAUGCAAACUCCACACAGAAAGGCCUUACCCGGCUGCUGGGCUCGAACCCAGGACCUUCUUGCUGUGAGGUGACAGUGCUAACCACUACACCACCGUGCCGCCUUGGUUGAAGUCAUUGUAGAAAAAAAAAAUCCUAAUCCCAUGAUGUGAGGUCAAGAUCUUGUAUUGAAAAGUUACAUUUUAGACAAAAACAUUAUACUGAAUGAAGUACCCCAACCAAGACAAAUCUGGUGUUCAAAGUUUGCUUGUUCAGCUUCUUGGAGGAGAAGCAAAGCUCAUGUUGCUCACAAGUAAGGGAAACUAACUUAUAUCUAGUUUAACAUGUGCAAAUGCAAUGUGUAAAUCAUCUCCCACUUGCCUGACUGUGGCUCCGUCUUUGUUUGAAGAAUCUUAUUUAAUGUAAAGUUGAGAAGUGAGAGAAUGCAGGAGAGAUGCAAGAACAAAUUAAUGCAAAUGGAGAACAAGAAAAAUUAAUUGUGAUUUUUAGGCUUGUAGUCAUUUAUUUUAAAUGUUUAUGUGAAACAUAUUCCAAUACAUGUGUGAUUUGACAUUUGAUAAAUUGUCAUUUUAUCAUUGAAAGUUGACAUUUUGACUAAAGUAUUUCAUUUUAAUUUAAAAAAAACUGUUUUAUCAAAUAAAUUGUUAGGUGGUUAAUCUUAUCUCAAAUUUACUCAAUUGAUGUAAAAGCAGGUGUGUGAUAUAGUCAAGAAUAUAAUCAACAAUCACUUGGUGAUGAGCCUUAGAACUUUCCUGACUGAAUUCCCCUUGGUUGAUUUUAGUCACGUGCUUGGAGGCAGCCUAGCAUUCAAUGUUUAAUUCCUUAAUUUAUUUAUGUUCGGUAACUGCUUUAUCCUGGAUGGGGUCACUUUGUGGGAAGAAAUGUAUGUGGGUUAAAGUUAUCAGGAUUAAAAGCUUAGGAAGGAAUUCGUGAAAAAUGAAGACACUCCAUACAGGCAAUAACCCAAACUCAGGAUGUACUGUGCUUCCUAUUCAACGUUUCAGUACAUAUAAUUUAUAAUUGGGGCAUUGACAGUGGUCAAGGUUCAGUGACAAUGGUUGGAAGAGUGAGUUUAAAUUUCAAUACAGGCAAAAAGCUCCUUCUGGGCCUUUGAACAAGACCCACAAACCUCAACUGCUCAGCUGUAUUCAUUGGAUUGGGUUCUGCCCCACUUGUAAAUCCCUUUGAAUAAAGGCAUCGAGCAUAUGCAUAAAUGGAGAAAAAAAAAUCAGACAAUGAAGUGUGUCAGUUGACCUCUAGAGGGGGCAAUUCACCACAAUAACUGUAAAGUCAAGGGGAAAGAAGACUGCUUCUGUAUCUGUUCUCAGAUUAAGGUUCCUCCAAAAAUCUCCCUUCUCUUAGGGCAAGAUAAGCUGUUUGCUGUAGAUGGCCAGUGGGUGUCGGCUGCCAAAGUGUAGCCAGUUCAGAAACUGUUUGUCUGGAGCUUGGAUAGAUUUCUUUUGGUGUCCUUCAUCAACAACAUUAGGCCAUGGGCAAGCGCAAUUGUUAGAGAAGCAGCUUUGGGACCAAAAGGUUGCUGGUUUGAUUCCCUGGACCAGCAGGAAUGGCUGAAGUGUCCUUGAGCAAGGCACCAAACUCCCAACUGCUGCCCAGGCUGCUCUUGGUAUGUUGUGUGUCGCUCUGGAUUAGAGCAUCUGCUAAAUGCCAGUAAUGUAACAACACUUGAGGAAAAAUUAAAAGAGAGAGAGAGAUCCAAGGAUUAUGAUGGACACCUGAAAGUCACCGAUGGCUGUGGAGGAAAUUGUAGAGCAAAAUAUUACUAAUAGAUUAAGACACUUCCCCGGUUCUAAAAAGUUUUUACAUUCUCUAUUUUGAUGGCUAGAUAUGUCAGAUCAAGACUACCAUAGAGUUUUACAGCGCGUCAUACCCUACCAUCAUCAUGAUGCCUUUUAGUUAUAAGAAGCUCCCUUGAAUGGGGACGUAUUUUUACUCUUGUUCAUGCAAAUUCAUUUUCAAAUUAGGUUAAAAUGUCUCUAUCUAACAGACCUUCUGUGAGUGUGUUAAAUGGGCUGGGCUCUUAUUUACUGUGAUUCAGACGAUCACUGUGGCAGCUGAACUCUCAAGCUGGACACUUCUGCCAAGCUGCCCUCUUAUAAUGGCCAGCUCAGUCAUGCCAGCUGCUUUGCUGGCUCUCAUAGGUAGCUAAAGGUCUCCUUGGCAGCUGUGCCAAUUAAAAAAAAGGAAAAUCAGAGUGCUUCAAACAGGACUAAUCCCUCCUGACCCACUAUAAAGUCAGCUGGGGUUCUGUUCUUGGAUCAACCACCAGUUUCCCAAUCAGACCCGACAGAAUGACGUUCCCCACAGAAUCAAUCUGUGAAGGAAUCAUACAAUAUAGAAGCUAAGAGGUGUUUCGUAAUUUAUGAUGGGUUAAACAGCUUCACUGAUGGUGGACAUCAGUUGGUGGACAACAGAUGGUGGACAACUGAUGUGUCAGUGUUUCAGGCUUACAGAGAUCAGCACUGUCUAAAAUCACAUCUUGUCCUGAAGUUUCCAUGUUUUGAAUCCCCUGACCAUGCUCAGUUAGACCUCGGGGUUCCCAUUGCACAGGAUGAAUUCAGCUUAAAAUAUAAAAAGGAGUCAGGGUCAAAGGUGAAGUUCAGAUGGUUGGGCCCCAUUGUUUAUAAGGCUUGAUAAUUCAGAAUUCGAGUUCUAUUGGCAGUACAGUAUAAUGUCUUGUUCUGUUUGAUUUUUUUUAUUGUUUUUGCUUCAUGAAGGAUUCAAACAACAUCAUAAAAAUGAGCUGAUGUGUUGAAGUGUGUGUUACACUACCACUAAACAUAAUAAAGUGGUCAUCAGGUCUCACAAAGAAUGAUGGCAUGUGAUGUAUAAUUGCCUUUUUCACUGCCUCUAUAUUUAACUCGAACUCCUCAAAAGCCUUGAAUAGCAAUGCUUUUGUAGCCCAUGCCUUUGUAGUUUUACAGCCUUGUUCUUUAGAUUUUACUCUCAUUGGAGCCUUAAUAUGUACUUCUGCAAUGUGAACACAGAGUUAUUUGGAGUGGGGUCAGAGAGGGAUUAAUCCUGUUUUGAGUGGCUUUGAUUUUUCUUUCUUUUUUUUUAUUCACUUGCACAGCUGCCAAGGAGACCUGGCAGCUGCUGUGACUGAGCUGGCCAUGAUAAGGAAGCAGCUUGGCAGAACCGCCCAGGUUGAGAGUACUUGAUAGCUAGUGAUUUGACAUGACUUGACAGAUGAGCCAUGGCAAGCAGAUCCUGCUGUCCGUUCAUGUUAAAGGUUUCUUUCUUUUAUAUAUAUAUAUAUAUAUAUAUAUAUAUAUAUAUAUAUAUAUAGUGUAAUAGUAAUGUAAUAUUAAUAUCAGCUUAUUUCUUUUUUGUCUUCUCUGACUUCAAGAGUUCAGCUUCAUCACUAAUAGCUGGACAAAUGUAUGCGUAGUAAAAACAUUUUGUGUGUGUGUGUGUGUGUAUGUUCCUAUAUUUGACAUUUACAUUAUAUCCAAAUUACUUAAAUGUCUAUAUGAUCACAAAGGUACACGUUCAUCAUACAAAUAAGUAUGUAUAAUGUCUCUUUCAUGUGACAGUAACAUUGUUUAAAUACAGCAGGGGAAGACAAGAGUGCAAGUGGUGUACAUAUGCUGGUUUUUUUUCAUUGAUGAUUCAUAACGGGGGCUGAUAAUCUGUACAGAGCAACAUAUGGGCUACUUAUAGAUUCAUUUCAACCAUUUAAGCUAUAUGUUGUGUAUAUUUUCAUUGACACUAAUGAUCAAUUGAUGUAUAUGCAUGUACAGUACAUUGUACACCUUUUGCCCAUUAAACAGAUUCCCAUGAA